AAAGUCUUCUGCACCUAAUCUCUCUUGCGUACCGCAUCUGGUAUACCUAUCGGCUUCUCUACUCGCUCUUUUCGCCCGUCGACUCCUUUACACGCGCAGAAAUUCCGACAGUUAUUCGUGCUCUCGUCGCGCUCGUAUUAUCGAUCUGAAGACAUUCGAGCCCGCAAAGGAAUCAUCACUCGCGCACUCAAUCAUGGCUUCUGUCUCUGGCUUGCCCGCUCCUGCUCUGCAGGCGUCGAAAGCUGCGCUUUCGGCCGCUCUUGCUGAGAACCAGUCGAAGGAGAGCGAGAAGGCGAAUGGAGAGGAUGAGACCCUCGAGCCUGGAGAGAUCCAGGAAGUGGAUAUGCAGGCGCAGGCAGAGACCAUCCGGACGGUCUUCAGCGACCCGACCAACUUCAAUGUCAAGCAUCCUCUUUUCUCGCCCUGGACUCUCUGGUUUGACUCCCCAGCCACCAAGGGCCGCAAUCUCCCACAGACACCUAUGACGUCUUUCCCUCAGACCCCUCUGCCGCACACCCCGGGUGGGAUCGCGGCGCAGGGCUGGAUGGAGGAUAUCAAGCGGGUGAUCACAUUCGAUAGUGUAGAAGAGUUCUGGGGACUCUACAACAACAUCGUUCCCCCGUCUCAGCUUCCGCAAAAGGCCAACUACUACCUCUUCAAGGAGGGUAUCAUUCCCGCAUGGGAGGACGAAGCCAACAAAAAUGGUGGCAAGUGGAGCAUACAGCUUCCUCGCGACAAGAACAGGGCCUACGUCGACAAGAUGUGGCUUUAUACCAUGCUCGCCGCGAUCGGCGAGACCUUCGAUCCACUCUUGGCGAGCGAGGACGGGGAGGCGCCCCGGUCUCUCAUCACUGGCGUAAUUGUCUCGACGAGGCCGCAAUUCUACCGUAUCUCAAUCUGGACGCGUACUGCGCCGGCGUCGAAUGCCGGGGAGGACGACAAGCUCCGCGAGCGCAUCGAGGGGAUUGGUCGACACUUUAAGAUCAGUGUCCUGGGGUACUCGGAGUCGCAGAAGUUGGCUGGAGCUCUGGCGACGGAGGUCGAGUUCUUGUCGCACAAGGACUCGGAGAAGAAGGGGAAGCAGGCGAAGAAGAUCAUUGUGUAAAGUCCAGGGACGGCUUAUGAGUCGUAUCGAUUUCAUCGUCGGACCGAUGUAUAGCUGCUGUGUGUGCUCUGCUGACUGUAGUAUUCGUUGCCCGGUACCACACCCUAUAUCCUAGUGUUCAUUUAGC